CAACUAGUUAUCGAUACGUGCAUCAUAUUUUUUUUUAGGGCGGUGUUCGCAUUUUGUUUUCAUGAGUAUUAUUUGCUGUUGCUAACAAAUUUGUUUAUAUUAAUAAAUAUAAAAGCAUCAAUAAUAAAAAUGAAAGCAUUUGAGAAUAGGCUCGUGGCCGUCGUGCUGCUCUGUUGUGCGCUGCAAACAGCUUAUGGCAUUAAAUGCUGGGACUGUCGCUCUGAUAACGAUCCAAAGUGUGGUGAUCCCUUCGAUAACAGCACAUUGGCCAUAACAGACUGUCAGCAAGCACCGGAACUGGAUCACUUGCGGGGCGUGCGACCGACAAUGUGCCGUAAGAUCCGGCAGAAGGUGCAUGGGGAAUGGCGUUAUUUCCGUAGCUGCGCUUAUAUGGGCGAACCGGGCAUCGAGGGGGACGAACGCUUCUGCCUGAUGCGCACUGGAAGCUAUAACAUAUUCAUGGAGUUUUGCACCUGCAACAGCAAAGACGGCUGCAACGGGGCGGGGCUGCAAAAAUCAAAUUUACUCGCUGUUCUCUUUGGUACAUUUUCCGUUGGAGCUGUCGCCCAUUUCCUUAGGCAUUAACAGCGAUUUUCUCUGUUAUUUUUCAUGUGCCUUCAAAUCGUAGCUCAAAAAGACAAAAAAUAACAACUUAUACACUUAUAUGCAUAAGUAUUCUUAUAUAUCUCUCUCUCAGCGCUGACAUUCCGUCCGAAUUUUCGUCGAAAUCUCAUCUCUUUUUGACAGAUUUGUGUUCAGUUUGGAAUUUAGCUUUAGAAACGGUAGACUUACAGUUUUUAUUGUAAUGCAAAAAAAAAUUAGUACAUUUUUACAACCGAAUAAACGAUUUGAAUAAAAAAAUAUA